AGAAAUAGUCCAACAGCUUCACAAUGGACAACAUUGCAAUUACAUUUCCCUGUGUCUGGCUGAAGGAUGGAGUACUUUUCCAGAAGGCAAAGAAGUUAAAUGAUGUUGGUUGAUAACAUUAAUUCAAAAGUUUGACGACAUAAAGUUUCAUUUAUUUAUUUGAUUUAAAUUUUUUCAAAAUGAAACUGUUUAAUCUUUAUUACCGCGAUAGUUCCUGAAUUCGUUAGAACUACGUUUUAUUCUUUUAAAUGCCGAAGCCACAUAAACGUUUGCAGUUUUCAUUUUAACUCGAACUUCCUGCUUUGUGUUAGACAACAGCCAUCAAUCUCUAAUGAUUACGGUUUACACUCUAUUAUAACACUUAUGUUUUCAUCUUGACUAUUUUUCUUCAUUGGUAAAGAUGUGUAGAUUUUUCAUUAGUCUACUUCAUUGUUUUAUUUCGAAAUCGUCAUUAGAAAAUUCGAGUCCAUCUGCCGGGACUCGUCUUCCACUUUCUCUGUUUCCUGGAAAAUCAUCGGCUUUCGACUUAUUUUCAUCAGAUCAACGUCGUACGGUUCAUAAAUACUCGGUUGAUCCGCUUCUCGACUCCAUUCAGUCUCGAUUGAUGCUCCGAAAAUGUCUUCAAUUGUCGCCCGCAACGUUUUGGCGAGAUUGCCCCGCACCGCCGCCGUCCGGUUGAAUCAGUCGCAGGCAAGAAACAUGUUUGGCCGAGGCUUCUUUGAUCCGUCUUUCCGUUCAAUCAUUCGCGACAUGGAACGCACCAUGAACCAUCUCUACCAGGACAUCGGGCGUAAUAAUUUUAAUCAGACUAUGCUACCAAGAGCCAUUCCACAUGCGUCCCUCGCCGACAAUCAGAAGCCGGUGUAUCGCCUGAAUGUCGACAUGGCAGGAUUCAGACCGGAAGAAAUUAAAGUUUCGCUAAAGGAGAGAAUGUUAAAUAUCCAUGCCAAAAUGGACCGGAAAUCCGACGACGGCAGUCGUUUUUACCAGGAAAUCAGUCGCGAAUAUCUACUUCCUGAAACGUUGAAGAUCGAAGAACUCAAAUCGAUUUUCACCGAUGAUGGAGUAUUGUGUAUCGAAGCGCCGCAACCAGAAGCGGAAAAACCGAAGGAAAUUCCGAUCGACCGUUGCGAAGUUCCCAAAAAAGAAUACAUAAAAUAAGUCAGUUUUUUUUCAACUUUUUGUUAAAAUGUCACCGUUAACGUUAAUAUGAUUUUAAAAAUAAAAAUAAACAAGAU